AUGCCGGCUUCGAUUACCUCGGGAGUGCUGGUGAACUGCUCUAGCGGGUAUAGCGCAGGUCUGCCGCGUUUCACAUCCACGGUGGCGUUGGAGAGCGGACUGCUGGCAAAUGCGACUUGGCACAUCGUCACUGAGCACAUUGGAGAGAUUGUGGUUGCGUCCGGUAUGGGCUGUGGCGGCACCGUUAUUGUGACGUGGUGGUCUUCCGAUGCCGAGGUGUUUGCGUGUCCCAAGCAGCCCGGUUGGGUCCACACAGCUGAGCUGUGCUGCCCGCCGCCACCGCCGAGCCCUGGGCCGCCGGAACUGCCGCCGAGUCCUGAGCCACCGUCACCGCCAUCCCCGUCGCCGCCACCGCCACCGAAACCCCCUAGCCCUGCACCCCCGUCGCCGCGGCCACCAAGGCCCUUACCGCCGCGCCCGCCGCCGCCGCUGCCUAGCCCGAACCCACCGUCACCGCCACCUUUCCCCCUCCCUCCAAGAUUUCCUCCGCCAUCUCCACGACCAGCUAGCCCUUUGCUGCCCGAGCCUAUGUCUUCCAGUGCGGGGCCUCCAUCUCCAGCCCCUUCGCCCUCAUCACCUCAGUCCCCGAUUCCAAGACCUUCUCACCCACCUCCCAGUCCAGAGCCAAGCCCCCAGGCCCCCAGCCCAAAACCAUUUCCAUGGCCUUCAAGCCCGGCACCAAGUCCGGAGCCACCGCUCCCGGAUACGCCGUCACCAUUAGCAGAGGCAAAAAAGCCCCCACAACUACUGGCCAUGCCGCCAGCACCCAUGGAACCGUACACGCCACCGCCUAGGGGUGUCGACGCAAACGACACCCAGCCACCGCUGCCUCCACAAGCGACGCCGAACAACCAGUUGGCUGCAUUGCCAGGCGGGUCGAGUGGCACCUCCCCGGGCCCCAUUGUGGCGGCUGCCGUGGUGCCGACUUUGGCGCUCGUGGCGGUGGCUGCCGGUUUGUACUACUACAACAAGAGCGGACAUAUGACGGCAGGUGGGUCCCUGUCCGCAAUUACCGUGUCCCGCUUCGCUGACAGCGGACGGGGGACCCUGUGUGUGCACGUGAUGUAA